CGAUGUCAAACCGAGCCAAUUGUUCUAAUUGCGAUCUAGCAACUGAUUAGGUGCAAUCUUCAAAGCCGCUGCAGUGAAAGUGAAAGCCAUUAACGGUGCAGUGAAAGAGAGGAAAAAUGUCAGCUUUACGGUGGGGUGUUGUGACUGCUGGAACGCUUUCGCACGAUUUUGUGUGCGCUGUAUCGACGUUGCCCAACAGUGACCAUAAAGUUGUUGCCGUUGCCGCCCAAGGACUCGAAAAUGCGCAAAAGUUUGCGGAGCUGCACGGAAUUCCUGUGUUCUACGGAAGUUAUGAAGCACUGGCGAAGGAUUCUCGUGUUGACAUCGUCUACAUCGGUACGGUCAGUAACGUCCAUUAUGAUGUCGCAAGGAUGAUGCUGGAUUUCGGUAAGCACGUGCUCUGCGACAAACCGUUAUGCAUAAACGAAGGCCAAACUAAGGGAUUGCUAAGUUAUGCGCGGGAGCGGAAACUCUUCUGCGUGGAGGCGAUUUGGUCGCGGUUCUUUCCGAGCUACAAUCAUGUGCGGGAGAGAAUCAGAAAAGGCGACCUUGGGCCGGUGAGACAAGUAACGAUCGAACUGGGAUUUCCCAUCAGCAAAGUGGAACGCAUCCGCAUGAAGCAUCUCGGCGGCGGGACGGUGCUUGAUCUUGGCGUUAAUAACAUUCAGUUGGCGCUGUGGGCUUUUGGCGAGUUUCCGGACCAAAUUGCUGCAGAGGGUAUCCUAAACGAAGAGAAUGUUGACACGGAAACCGAUGUGGAACUUCACUUUCCGUGUGGGGGGAAAGCAACGAUCAAAACCAGUGGAGAGGUAAAUUUAUCGAAUACCGCUAUAGUAACCGGAACACGGGGAUCAAUUAAGCUUUUCGAUUUUUGGUGUCCCGUAGAACUGACGGACAUGGAUGGCACGGUUCGCUCCUACCCGUUACCAAACUCUAAGAUUGAAUGCAUCCAGAAGAAUAGAGUCGGCAUGCGGUAUCAAGUGGACGACUGCAGAAAACGCAUUCUGGCGGGCGAUCUAGAAUCUCAGGUUGUUCCGCACGCGGACAGUUUGGCGAUAGCCCGUGUGCAGGAUGAAAUCCGGAAACAGAUUGGAAUUGUAAUGGCUGAAGAUUACAUGUAUAAGCCUUGA